AGAGUAGAGUACAAAAACCAAAGGAAAACCAUGCUCUAACCGUAAUUGAAAGUUUUAUCAGAACUAAAAAAUGGCGCAAACACAAUUAAAUUAUCAUUACUUCUCUCCAAAGAUUCACCAAAGCCUACACCCAAAACACACAGAGUCACAUAAGCCCUCCUGUGAUUCUCCUCUUGCAAAUCUCACCUCUCUCACCUACUCUCUCUGAUCCCCCUCAAACCCAAAAUAGAAGUAAAAGGAUUUAACCAUGAAACCCACGAUGUUGUAUCUUUAAUGUGAGAGAAGCGUAAAACCUAUGCUUUUUCAAGAGGCAAUGUGAGAAACUCGUAAACCAGAUUCAUCACACACAGAAUGGUGGCUGCCUUUCCUCAAGCAGCAGCAGCAGCUACUAGUUCAACUGACAAAACCCCUAAUCUAACAAGACCCCCACUUUUACCUGCAGGGAAAGACCAACAACAAAACAAUGGGAGUGCACACAUUGCAACAAGAAAACCCAGAGGCAAACAAGUCCCUUCUAGGUACCUCUCUCCCUCUCCUUCCACUUCUACGACAACGACCACCACCACCACCACCACCACCACUUCAAGUUCUUCAUCUUCAAGCUCUUCAUUCCCAAAGAGACUUCCUUCUCCGUUACUUUCAAGGUCUACCAAUUCUGGAACUUCACACACAACAUCAACAACAACUGCCAGUCCUUUUCUUUCUGGGUCUAAAAGAUCCCAAUCUGUUGAUAGAAGAAGGCCUGUUACUUCUUCAAGGGAAACAACACCAAACCCACAAGGCAAUGCUGAAAUGUCAGCUGCGACGAAGAUGUUGAUUACUUCAACAAGGAGUUUAUCAGUUUCUUUUCAAGGUGAGGCCUUUUCACUUCCAAUUAGUAAAGCUAAGUCUGUGACAUCACCACAAAAUAACGUGGCCAGAAAAGCCACUCCUGAGAGGAGGAGAGCUACUCCUGUGGGGGAUCAGGGUGAGAAUUCUCGGCCUGUGGAUCACCAUAGGUGGCCCGGCAGGAGUAGAGAAGGGAAUUUGAAGGAGCGGAAUCAACUGUUGUCUAGGAGUUUGGAUUGUAGUGUUGUUGGUUGUGGUGGAGAUAAGAGGGUUGUUGGAUCUGGGUUAGUGGGGGUUAAGUCAUUGCAGCAGUCUAUGAUGGUUGGUGAGGGUAGGAGGUUGAGUUUGGAUUUAGGCAAUAUUGCUAAGCAAAACACAGAUACUAUUUCAGUUAAUGAGUCAUCUUAUACUGGUGAUCUCACUGCUUCUGAUAGUGAUAGUGUCUCCUCUGGUAGCACUUCUGGAGUGACAGAAAUUGGUAAAUGGAAAACCGGGGCUCGUGGCAUUGCUGUUUCGGCAAGGUUUUGGCAGGAAACUAAUAGCAGGAUGAGGAGAUUGCAAGAUCCAGGUUCACCCUUAUCUACUAGUCCCGGUUCUAGAAUGGGUGUUUCACCAAAGGCUAUUCAAUCACAAAGGUUUAGUAGUGAUGGUCCUUUGGCUUCUCCAAGAAUGAUGGCAGCAUCACCUAUUAGGGGAGCUACAAGACCUGCAUCUCCUGGUAAGCUUUGGACAUCUUCAUUUUCAUCUCCGUCUAGAGGGAUGUCUAGUCCUUCAAGGAUGAGACCAAUGAGCAGCAGUACACCUUCCAUUCUUAGUUUCUCUGUUGAUUUAAGGAGAGGGAAGAUGGGGGAGGAUAGAAUUGUCGAUGCACACAUGUUGAGGCUUCUGUAUAACCGUUAUUUGCAAUGGCGAUUUGUAAAUGCAAGGGCAGAUGCUACCUUCAUGGUGCAAAGACAGAGUGCAGAGAAAAAUUUGUGGAAUGCAUGGGUAACAAUCUCAGAACUACGGCAUUCUGUCACUCUCAGAAGAAUCAAGUUAAUAUUGCUGAGGCAAAAGCUGAAGCUAACUUCUAUCCUCAAGGGACAAAUUGCUCAUUUAGAAGAAUGGUCUCUUCUUGACAGAGAUCAUUCAAGUUCCCUUGAAGGAGCAACUGAAGCUCUGAAGGCCAGUACCCUUCGCCUUCCAGUUGUUGGAAAAGCAGUGGCCGAUGUACAAAAUCUGAAGGAAGUUGUCAGUUCAGCUGUUGACGUGAUGCAAGCAAUGGCAUCCUCAAUAUGCUCACUAUCAUCAAAGGUGGAGAGCAUGAAUUCGUUGGUGGAUGAACUUUUGAAUGUGACUGCUAAGGAAAGACGCAUGCUUGAACAAUGUAAAGGUUUCUUAUCCGCCUUAGCAAUCGUGCAGGUUAAGGACUGUAGCAUGAGAACACAUACAUUACAACUAAAUCGUUUGCCAACUACCAGCAGCCUGACAACACAUGUGUAGAACUGAUCUCACUUGACCACUCACUCUAAAAUGCUAACAUGACACCCGACUCUUCCUUUUCUAUUGGGUGGAGGUGAAGGUAAUAAACAUGGACUGGAUAGUUAGUUUUGGCUUCACGCUUGGCAUUUUCUUGAACCACUUGUGGUCUUGUAUUGCUUUUAUUCCAUGUAUCUUUAUAUCCCAUGACGGGAAAUGGUUUGUCGCCUCCUACUAAUUAGCUGUAUACAAUGCAAAAAGAAAGUAAUUGUGUAUAUAUAUGUAUCAUUUAUGGUGGUUCAUCUGAUUACUCAAAAUUAUGUCGUUCUUGGCCUGCUUGAUCUUGCAAUCUGAACAUGGUGUUGUGAACU